UAUGAAACAGUAAAAUUCGGCUACCAGCCCAAUAAUCCUUUCGUCUGAAUCUCUUCCAUGGUCUUAAGUCAACAAAAACAUUCUUCAAGUUACCCAUUUUUUCUUCUUUUUCUUCAUAAUUUCUCUUGGAAAAUUAACCAACUCCACACCUCUCUAUUUUUCUUUCUAUAUAUAUAAAUCUUUUCUUCAUGACAAGAACAUAAAAUUUAACAACCUUAACUUUUCCAAAUAAUUUGUCUGUUUCUUUUUACUUCAAAAGUUUAAGACAAAAUGUACCUGAAAUAUAAUCCACUAAGGCAUUUGCUGAUUGUUUUUCUUUUACUAUCAUUUUUUGUUUCUUGUUUUGGGUCUUUCCAUGGAAACUAUAAUUCAAGAUUUGACAGAAAGGUUAAAAAGGGUAUGAAGCAUAGCUUUUCGAGCUUUGCGAGGCAGCAAGCAAGCAGUCCGAUAAGCUCCCCGAAGAUAGUGAAUGUCGAUGAUUUCGGCGCGAAAGGUGACGGUACAGAUUCUACUGAGGCAUUUAGUAAAGCAUGGGAGGAAGCUUGUUCUUCAGAAGAAAGUGUUAUUAUUGUUGUCCCUAAGAACAAGAUUUACCAUCUUAAACCUGUCAAAUUUUCAGGCCCUUGUCAAUCUGAUCUUAUAUUCAAGAUAUAUGGAACUAUCAAAGCUUCUGUUGAUAUGAGUGACUAUGCAAAAGAGAGAAGGCACUGGAUUGUAUUUGAUAAAGUACAAAAUCUUAGAGUUAAAGGUGGUGGCACCAUCAAUGGCAAUGGCAAAAUAUGGUGGGAAAAGUCUUGUAAAGUAGACAAAACCAAGCCUUGCAUAGGAGCACCAACAGCUGUGACCUUCUCAGGAUGCAAAAAUUUGAUAGUAGCUAAUUUAUGGUUCCUAAAUGCACAGCAAAUGCAUCUUACGUUUCAAAAAUGUGUGAAUGUGAGAGCCUUAAAUCUCAUAGUGACUGCACCAGGCAAGAGCCCUAACACCGAUGGCAUUCAUGUCAGUUCAACCCAAAACAUUCGCAUUCAAAAUUGUCUCAUUAAAACAGGUGAUGAUUGCAUAUCAAUAGAAAACGGGUCGAAGAAUGUUGAAGCCACAGACAUAGUGUGUGGACCAGGACAUGGAAUAAGUAUUGGUAGCUUAGGAGAUGGCAAUUCAGAAGCAAAAGUUUCAAAUGUGUUUGUUAAUAGAGCAACACUUUCAGGAACCACUAAUGGGGUCAGGAUUAAGACUUGGCAGGGAGGAUCUGGAUAUGCUAAAAACAUAAUUUUCCAAAAUGUUGUGAUGAAUAAUGUUACAAAUCCAAUAAUUAUCGAUCAAAAUUAUUGCGAUAAGAAAGGUCCAUGUCCAGAAAAGAAAUCGGCAGUGCGAGUUAGCAAUGUGCUAUACAAAAAUAUAAAAGGAACAAGUGCUUCAGAAAUAGCAAUGAAAUUUAAUUGCAGCAAAACUUUCCCUUGUCAAGGAAUUCUAUUGCAAGACAUUGUUUUAGGAAGUCAAAAAGAUGAAAGGGCUAAAGCUUUAUGUAGUAAUGUUAAAUUGGCUAAUAGAGGGAAUGUUUCUCCUCAAUGCUCUUUAGAAUAGAAUUAAGAAGAGAUGGAGAUAUUCUUGUAGUAAAUGAUUAGAUAAAAUGCCUAAUUUAUGCAUUAAUGCUAGUUUCAUUUAUUUGUACUCUUUUUUAAAAAAAAUUAUUAGAAGUCACACAGAAUAAAAUGAUUGUUGUAAAUAACAAAAUCAUAAAUUAAAGUCGAUAUGUGGUUA